AUGUCUUUGUACGACGAUAUAUUACCAACUUCAAGCACGGAGUCUAAUUCAGGUUGGUUUUAAUUUUUCAUAACUUAAAGAUUAAUAAUUUUUUUAUAUCUUUCAAACAUUAGAGUAAAUUAAGUAGAGUUUUGAGCAUAAAAGCGUGGUUAUUUAAAUAUAUACUUUAAUAUUGUGUAUUUUAGAACCAAAGCCGGCUUCUCAAAACUUUUUGUUCUUGAAACAACAGCUGGAAGCGAAGAAAGCCCAAAUAGCUCAAAGCAAGUUCAAGCCUGUAAGUUAAUUUAUUUUUGUUUUCUCAAGUUUAGAAAUUCACUUCAGGUGUUCUAUAACAAUACUUUAAUAUUUCAUUUCUUACUUUAAUGUAUAUCGUCUUCAGAAGCCCACAGGUGUUUCAAAUCUGAAGCCACAAGUUUCUGUGCCUGUUAUCCAGCUAAAGCCAAAUAAUAUUUUAAAACCGAGGAAAGCGAAACCACUACCUUUAGAUGGACCACCUUCUUUUAGCAUAAUUCCUCAGGCCAAAAAGGAGGAAAAGGUAAGGUGAUCUUACUUUACAUAAAUCGUAUAGACAGAUACAUAGGCGGUAAAAAAUAACGCAAAUGAAGAUUUCCGGUUGGUUUAGUAUUAAAAUAAGUUUACUUUGUUUUUUUUUAAAUUUAUUGCUAUUUCAGAUAAUUUUAUUCAAUGAGGUUGAAAUAAUAGACGAAUACAAUCCAUUAACUCCUACAGAUUACAUGGUUUAUAAGCCGAAGAGGUCAGUUUUUAUUAUUACUUUUUCAAUAUUUAGGUACAUACUAUUUGAAGUGCACAUUAUUUAUUCGUCCAACCCUGACGAUAGACUUAAAAUUUACUUUUAAGAGAGCUACAAUUGUCAAAAGAACGGAUUGCCAAGGAAAUUGCUGAAAGAUUAGCCAAGGAACAUGAGGAAGAAGAGAAGAAACGAAAAGCUUAUGCUCAAUUUGCUCCACCUCAGGCUUUGAUCGAGAACAAUGUUGUUAUGGCAGAGCCUGAACCAGAACGUAUGUUUUUAUAAGUACUGUAAAACGUUUAGCAUAACCUUUUGGGGCUACUCAGUUUAAAGGUCCCAUCUCAUUACAGGGUCCCAUGCAAAUUUUAUUCAUUAAAAUUGCAUUUUUUUACAAUUUUCAUUGUAAAAAUAUCGCGAAAUUGAAUCGCGGUUGCUGUACCUGAAAACGGCCUCGAAAAAGUAAGUUGACAUCAAUGUUUUAAAAAGUUGGGACCCAUAUCUAAGAAGUGGGACCCAUAUCUAAGAAGUGGGACCCAUAUCUAAGAAGUGGGACCCAUAUCUAAGAAGUGGGACCCAUAUCUAAGAAGCGGGACCCAUAUCUAAGAAGCGGGAGCCAUAUCUAAGAAGUGGGACCCAUAUCUAAGAAUUGGUUCCUAAAUCUAAGAAGGUGAAACCCGUAACUAAAAAGUUUUAACCAAUAUAUAAAGAACUAUACUUACCGUGUAGGUAUUUUUGUGAAAUACGAUCAAGUGAAUCCAUCAUCGGCAAGUGUCUCAGGAGAACCAUUCAUCGGACGUUGAUUGUCGCUGGCAAAACCCACUUCAAAACAUUGUCACGGACCACUAGUAACAACACGACCAUCCAUGGUCUUGGCAAAAAAUCAGAAUGAAACAACCAAUACAACCGAUUUUCGGUUCUCAUAAAAUUUAAAUUUUGGGACCUUCUAUUGGGUCAAAAAUUGGGGCCUUUUACUGGGUGGCGUGGGACCUUUAAACAGAGUAGCGCCCCUUUUUUAUAUACGAGGUUUUACGGUACUCUAAAGUAUAUUUUACUGUGUCGUUAUAGCUGUACUGCCGGUAAAACCAGUAAAACGAGGCUUGGAUUUGGCUGCGGACAUCAUGUCGAAGAUGGGGUACCAAGAAGGAAAAGGCUUGGGGAAGAAUGAAACUGGCAUAAGCUCGGCUUUGAGAGUGGAGAAGAAGGGCCGUCAUGUUGGUAUGAUUGUCGAUGGGUCAAAAAAGUCAUGGGAUCGAGAUACAUAUGGAAAAUGUGAGUUAUCUGAAUAAAAGUUAACUUAUGCAUCUGACUGUAAUUUUGGGGUAUUAUAAAAGUUACUGUAGGUAAUCCUCAUGAUGCUACUUAGAUUGACCAUCAAAAGAGACAUUUUUAUGUUGUGUUUCAGACGUGACUCAACAGACCAACUUCAACACGAAGGAUAUGGUUCAAAAUGCCUCAAAGAUAGUGUUGAUCAAGGUAAGCAUUUGAAAACAUUGUCAUAUCUGUUUUUAGAACAUGGUAACACCUUCUGACUACGAGGAAAACAUUCAGGAGAUUGUGGAAGACGAAAUGGCCAAAUAUGGAGCUGUUAGUAAAGUUGUCAUCCAUGAGGUAAGGUUGUUCGAAAAAUAGUGGCUUCGUUUUGUAAACUACAAUUUUUAUUCAAUGUAACACAAAAAGUGUACUAGCAAGAAGAUAUUCGUAGACAAAACUGUUAUUUUAACUCUUUAAAAUGUAAUAAAAUUUUUUAGGUACCAGAUGCUCCAGAAAACGAAGCCAUUCGUAUCUUCGUUGAAUACACGAAUCAAGCUCAGGCCAUGAAAGCUGUUGUCGACCUGAGUAAACGAUUUUAUGGUGGCCGAGCGUUGAAAGUGUCCUUCUUCGACAUUGAUAAGUACAACAAUCAGCAGUUCGACGACUUGUAG